AUGCCUCCGGAAACAAAUAUGAAUGUGAUUGAAAUUAUUGCUUAUCAUGGCUAUCCUGCAGAAAUUUUUACUUUUACGACACCAGACGGUUAUAUUCUUGAAGUACAUCGAAUACCAUGCGGAAAGACUGAUUUACGAACAUGUGAAAGUAAAAGACGACCGGUAAUUUUUUUCCAACAUGGGCUACUGGGUUCAAGUGCUGAUUGGGUUACCAAUUUACCAAAUCAGUCGGCAGCUUUUCUGUUUGCUGAUGCCGGUUUUGAUGUUUGGAUGGGAAAUAUCAGAGGUAACAAAUAUUCAAUUUGGCAUAAAAACUUUACUUCCAGUGACAAAGUCUAUUGGCAGUUUUCAUGGGAUGAGAUGGCAAAUUUUGAUCUGGAAACAAUGAUAAAUGGUGUUUUGGAAGUAACUGGUCGUGAAGACCUCUAUUAUGUUGGACACUCGCAGGGAACGUUGAUUAUGUUCGCUAAGCUUUCAAAUGACCGUCUUUUUACGAAAAAGAUACGGAAAUUCUUUGCUUUGGCUCCAGUGGCAACUGUGGGUCAUAUUAAGGGUUUAAUUCACUACAUAGCCGAACACUUCUUGAAACAUCCAUUAGCUGAAAUUAUUUUUGGAAACAAAGAUUUUUUGCCGAACACCCGGUUUUCAAAGAUGAUUAGCGAACUGAUGUGCGGGAUUCACUACAUGAAUCCAUUAUGUGAUAGCGUUCUCUUUCAAAUUGCUGGCCCCGAAAGCAAUCAGUUCAACCAGUCUCGAGUCGUGGUCUAUUUAACUCAUACACCAGCCGGAACAUCAACACGAAAUAUUUUUCAUUGGUCACAAAUGGUAAAGAGCAAAAUGGUGCAAAAAUAUGACUAUGGAACAAAUGAAGAGAAUUAUCGUCAUUAUGGACAGCCAACUCCACCAGUUUACAAUCUUACAAAUAUAGAUGCUCAAAUUUACAUUUUUUGGAGCGACAAAGAUUGGCUUGCCGAUCAAACGGAUGUUGAGGAUUCACUGCUAAACGUCCUUCGACCGUAUUGUAUGAAAAAUGUUUCUCGUUUGGUUGACUUCAAUCAUGUGGAUUUUAUUUGGGGCUUAAGAGCUGCAGAUGAGAUAUACAAACCAAUAUUACAAACAAUAAAAAUACACGAGCAACGAAGAAAAGUUUUUUAA